CGAGGCCGCGAGAAGCCGCAGUGGGCCGCCAUGCAGGCAGUGAGGCAGAGUGCAGGUCCCGGCCUGCUGAAGUUUACUCGCUUAACACUGUGUCCAGGCCGCCACUACCAACAUGCCGCGGCCCAGAGUGAAUACACGGAGACCCCGGAGUACCCUCCCAUCCUGGACACGUCCCGCAAGGCCCGCAAGCUGCGGGAGGCGACGGAGUGGCACGACAAGAUCACCCGCCUGCCCACCGUCGAGCAGAAGAUGAUGGAGAUGAACAUGCCCAAAUACUACGGUUACUGGUCGUGUCGCCUGCACGACAACCACCCGAGGCUGCUGGGGGAGGAGUUCGUGCAGUACGCCACCAGGACUCAUGUGGUGCGGCGCCUCCCUCACCACUACCACAGUGACCUGACCCUAGAGGCCCAGAGGCUAGGGGCGCUCAUUACAGAUCAGGUCCAUCAUCUCAUUGAUCUGCAUUUUAAUGGCCGUAUCAAUAGGAAGAUGGAGAUCACUAGCCGUGCUAAUGAACUGCACCACACUAAGAACUUCCUGCUCGGCUUGCAUAGAAUUAUAGUGUCAUCAUUGCCAUCUACUGUGCAACACAUCAAAGAAUCUAUGGUAGAUAUACAACCUCGUGUUGAAGCUUUCUGGCUUCUUGGGGGCAUCGAACCAGAUGUCAUGUUGAAGAAGUCACGGAGAAAUAACAAAUUUCUGAAAGAGUUUGAGAAUGAUUUAAUUAACAGGCCUGUGCAAGGAACAAGCACGCCGUGCCUGGGAGUACGCGUGGCCGAUUUUCUCCCAGAAGUAGUCAGUCGAGAUGAUCCGUUGUCCAAGUCGGGUCUAGUGUCCAACAGUUCCAGUGAUCCUCGUUCUUAUGGGUUUCACUUCAAGCACAAGCAUGCUAUCACAGUGACAGGAUUUUGGCCGGGGGAAGCCAAGGAACACAGUCAGCUUUGGAUGCAUACUCGGGAGAUACUUCCCAAAUUUGUACAGGAAUUUGGUGCGCACAAUUUCAAUACAGCUUUAAUUCAGAAAGUGGUCAUAUCGUCCUUCACCCAGGCUCUAGCACAUGCUAGCUACCUUGGGUUUGGCCCAGUAACAGAGCUCACAUACCCAUUGGUCCAGCAGUCUGUUCUUACCAAUGGUCAGCAGUGGCACUUCAGCAUGUAUCAGCUAAAUACUAGCACAUUACAUUGUGAUCGUGCUGAGGAAAAUCCCUAUAAUAAUAUUCUCUGGCUUGGUGAAGAGCAGUUCCUGUUUGAGGCCGUAGAUGACAGUGGUGUUAAGGGUUUUAAUUCUGAAGUACUUACUGCUUUGAUUUCCUUAUUCCUCAAGAAAGGCAUCAAAAGAGAGAAUCCAACACCAUAUCUAGGAUCAAAUAAGCUAUUGGCAGAUCACCCGGCCCGUAAAGAAUAUCGUGAGAUGUUCCACACAUAUCUCCAGCAUCUCUUUUCUGGUCGUCCACGUCACAUUCUCAAGCCGGAGAUAUAUCUUUGGGAACAGAUAUACAAAAUUAACUUCAAAACGCGCCCCUUCCACCCACCAAGACGCUUCUUUGAACCCCACUAUAACCAGAAAGAUCCCGGCAGUCGGCGGCUAGAUGACUACGAUCCAAUUUAUAUUCCAAAAGCUCUGAGAGAGAAAAAGUCUUAUAGAUAUAAGCCCAAGCUAAAUACCGAACAUCUAUAUACAUACGAUUAAAUGUUGUAAGUAUCUUCAUUAGAAUUGUUUCCAUGAUCUGCUGUGCUAACGCCUAAUGUCCAGCCGAAUUACUGUAGACACUGUACAGUAUUAGAAUUGGUAAUAGCACUGUUAGUUUUUUUGUACUGUGUGGGUUAUAUAUUACCACAAUAGAGUAUGUUUUAUUUGCUAUUAAGCAACAUUUUCAACAAAUUUUUGACAUUUUCUAGAAAGAAAAUAUAAAUAGCUCAUUAUCAGCUGGCACAUUUUUGUAUCUUUUAAAAUGUGCCGAGAAUUGAAAUGUUGAUUUGAACCUUGAUAAUUUGUAAUAUAAACUAAUUUUUUGUAUGUAAAUAAAUGUUUUGAACUGA